AUGUCGUCUCAGUUCGAAAGAGAGCAGUUCAAUAUUACCCUCCUUGGCUUAUCGGCGAACUUGGGGAUGGGCCUAUUCAAGAUGAUAGGUGGUUCCUUCUUCCAUAGCCAAGCCCUGAAAGCCGAUGGGUUUCACUCACUUGCCGACUCGAUAACGGAUCUUACUGCCAUGGGGACUCUCUAUUUAGACUCUGUCAACCUUUUGCAGACAAAAUCAGUCCCUGUGAAAUUCGAAGAUGUCGGUGCAAUUGCCAUAGCGUCAAUGGUGCUCGCUGGUGGGACUGCAUUAGGAAAAGAAGCUCUGGCCCAGGAUGGUGGCUCGUCGGAGCUAGCCAGUGCACAUGCGGUCUGGCUCUGCUUUGCAUCGAUCAUCGUCAAAGAAUUUCUGUAUUCCAAAACUAUGGAGGUUGCCCAAAGAAUUGAUUCCCGGGCUCUUUCUGCAAGCGCCGCGCAUCACCGUUUGGAUUCCUUCACUAGCAUUUUUGCACUGAUUUCUAUUGUGGCAGGGUAUCUAUAUCCCAAUACCCGGCUUAUUGAUCGAAUCUGUGGUGGACUUCUUGCAAUUUUUGUUCUCAAGGAGUCCGUCGGUAUCAUCAUCGGCUCCGGGAUAGAGACCGGCAAUACAGGACGGGUGAUUUCUCUCUCAAUCAUUACCAUUACUGUAUUUUUCUUCUUGGCUCAGCUAGCUCAAUUCUCCGCACCAAUUGAAGCAGGCAGACCGACAGUACCGUCACCAAUUUCCAAAGAGACUGAACACAUCGCACCUCGAGAAAAUGUUUGGGCAGACCUGUCAAAUCUCGAAGUUGUUGCUAUACUAGAGUUUUUCCAUUCUAGUGCGCUUGGGUUGAACCUAACCGCAGCCAUCAAUGCAACCCUCUGGGAUGACUUUGUAGUCGGGACCGAAGUGAUCCGCCCCAGCAAGAAUGAUGCUUUGAGUUACAUGUCCGGCGCCUCUGAGAAUCCACCACCGAGGUAUGGCAAACUGGCCAUACACCGGGGCACGGAGUCAGAGGUGUACUGGGAUGAGUACUCGGUAGGCCCCUUGCCGAUUUCACACAAAACGAGGAUCGAGCCGUUUGAAUAUCACCACCGAGCCGACCUAGAGCAUGCGAGAAACCUGAUUCCAGAUGCAAAGUCCUUUAAAGAAUGGCCUUACAUGAUCGCUCAAGAAAUUUCGGAUAUCACACAAGAUCUGCUAAACGCCACGAUCAACUUCGAUGGCCAAAGCGACCCAGAUGGACUUGAGCUGAGUUUUCGCGAUCCGUGGAUCGAAGACGGUCACAUAAUUCGGUGGUGCAGUUUUCAAAGAGCAGGUACUCGGACUGAGGCCGGCACGAUUCUUCCCCAGGGGCUCUAUGUCAAGAUGGACACUACUGGAAGGGACCCGAAAAAUUGGAAGGUACUCAAAUGGUAUUACAACGGAGAACUUUACUCUUCCACUGAGGAAUUCCGCGCUGCAUGGGAAACUCCAGGGUUUGAAAAAGCGCCCAUUAAUUACGAUGGAGAGUGGACUAGAAUCGAGGACUUUUCAUCGGAGUAUCCCGAGCGAGAUGAUCCAGCACCCAUAAUGGUCCAUCCGGGAAAGUCAAGAUACCGGCUUGAUCGAGAUUCUCAGUAUGUCUCGUGGAUGGGAUUCACCUUCUACUGGGCAUUCAGCCAGGCGAGUGGCGUGACCUUGUUCGAUGUUCGGUUCAAGGGAGAGAGAAUCCUAUACGAGCUCGGUCUUCAAGAGGCAAUGUCGCUAUACGCUGGUAACGACCCCGUCCAAGGCGCAUUGGCCUACUUUGAUAGCUUUUUCGGCAUGGGCCGUGCAAUGUUUGAGCUUGUUCCUGGUGCGGAUCUCCUUCAUGUUUCUCAUCAUCUGAGCUAUACUAAUCAUGAUAUCGCAUUCGAAAUAGGCUACGACUGCCCAGCUUACGCCAGCUUCAUGGAUACAACAAUCUAUGACGCUGAGCGCACACAGCGUCGGAGAAACACAAUCUGUUUGUUUGAAUAUACAUCAGACUAUCCUUUGCAGCGGCAUUCUACCUCAUUCUAUGUCACGGUGUCCAAGAAUAACUAUCUUAUUCUUCGCACGACAGCCGUUGUAGGAAACUACGAUUAUACUGUCGACUACAUCUUCUACCUCGAUGGGUCUAUCGAGAUCAAAGUCCGUGCAAGCGGCUACAUUCAAGGUGCUUACUUCAUGCCUGAUGAAAGCAGAGAAUAUGGAUUCCGAGUGCACGAUGCUUUCGCUACAAGCAUGCACGAUCAUGUGAUCAAUUUCAAAGCUGACCUUGACAUCUUGGAGUCUCGGAAUACCCUCAUGAAAAUCGACAUUGAGCCAAAGGUCAAGUCGUUCUCAUGGCUGGAAGGAAAAUCAAUGAACACAAUGGGCCUUACAAAGAGCUCAAUUAAGAAAGAAUCGGGCUUGGACUGGCCUGCUAACUCGGCUUCAAUGUAUGUCGUGACCAAGAAUGGGUCAGACAACGCUUGGGGCGAGACCCGAGGAUACCGAAUCAUGCCUGGAAGCGGCAUGGGUACACCCGUCCAUUUGAUACCAGAAGAGUCCGAGCCACUGGGAAAAUCAGCACUGUGGGCGACAAAAGCUCUUUGGGUUACCAAGCAGAAAGAUGACGAAGUCCGCAGCGCAAGUCCCCGGAACGCACUGAACCGAGGUCAGCCUUUGGUCGAUUUUGGCCAGUAUCUGGAUGACGAGGAUAUCGAGGAGGAAGACCUUGUCAUAUGGUUUAACCUGGGAUCACAUCAUGUCCCGCAUUCGGGGGAUAUCCCCAAUACUCUUCAGCAUACAAGCGCUAGCUCUGUCAUCCUGGCUCCUCUCAAUUUCCAUGAUCGUGAUGCCAGUCGCAAGAGCUCACAGGGGGUGCGAGUCGACUUUGCGUCGCAAAACGAUGGGAGAGCGAAGACACAAUUCUUCGGUCAUCAUUAUGAAGAGCUACAUUUGGAAGAUAUGGACUUUCUACCCAAUUUGGCAUCGUAUGGGACAGAGGAACACCAAGUGAGGAAAUUCCCUUAUACCGAAGACAUGUUGUCUAUUUGA